UGGCAACAACAUCCAGCCGUCAGUACGUCACUGCUGCUUUCUUUUGUCCAUGUAGCAUGCUGCUAAAGGGAGAGCUGUCUUGUUCCCUGUAGUUAAAACGAAAUACAGAUGGACCGCAGUUUGAAGCGCCGGCAGGUGAAGCCACUUGCUGCCUCUCUGUUAGACGCCUUGGAUUAUGACAGCUCAGAUGACAGUGACUUUGAAGUGGGAGACGCCACAGGAUCAGACGGCACAGGAAACGGCAGUGACGAGGAGGGGUCUAAAGCUAGUGCUGCAGGUUCAGAGAGCGACUCGGAGAACGCCGCUUCUGCAGAAGACGGAAUAGACGAAGAGGAGGCCAAAGACCUGGCUGCUGAGGACAACCUAACCGAGGAUGAAGAGAAGAGCAAGCAGCAGCCCUCCUCGGACAGCUCCACCAAAGACGCCUCCGCCGCCACACCACCCAAGAGUCGACGCAAGAGCAAGAAGGCGUCAGAGCCCGAGCCUCCUGCAGCUGCGGGUACUGAGUCUACCUCAACAUCAGGCUCGGGCAGUGUCAACGCUGAAGAGGCGGAGCCCAAGAAGUGGAACUUCCGCAGGAACCGGCCCCUGCUGGACUUCACCACCAUGGAGGAGCUCAACGAGAUGGACGACUACGACAGCGAGGACGAUAACGACUGGAGACCCACAGCGGGGAAGAAGAAAGGCAAAGCAGCCACUCAGAAAGGAGGGACUGAGGAAGAGGAGGGUGGAAGUGCCAGUGAUGAUGAUGACGACGACGACGACGAUAACGAUGACGACGACGAUGACGACGACGACGACGACGAUGAUGACGAAAAGGAAGAGGGAGGUGAAAACAACAACAACAGCAGCAGUGACAGUGAAAAAGAGGUGAAGAAGCCCAAGAAGAAGGCGAAGAGCAGCAGCACUUUUGAUGAAGAGCUGACUAAUGACAGCAUGUCGCAGGGGAAGAGCAACGAGGACGCCUUGCUGGACCGGUCCCAGACCUGGAGCACUCAGCACAUCCUCAUCUGCUGCGUGUGUCUGGGAGACAACAGCGAGGACGCAGACGAGAUCAUUCAGUGUGACAACUGCGGGGUGACUGUGCACGAAGGCUGCUAUGGUGUGGACGGCGAGAGCGACUCCAUCAUGAGCUCAGCCUCUGAGAACUCGACGGAGCCUUGGUUCUGUGACGCCUGUAAGAACGGAGUGACUCCCAGCUGUGAGCUGUGCCCCAACCAAGACGGCAUCUUCAAAGAGACAGACGCCGGGAGAUGGGUGCAUGUGGUUUGUGCGCUUUACGUUCCUGGUGUAGCGUUUGGAGACAUCGAUAAACUGCGACCGGUGACGCUCACGGAGAUGAAUUAUUCAAAAUAUGGAGCCAAGGAGUGCAGUUUCUGUGAGGACACCCGCUUUGCCAGGACCGGUGUGUGCAUCAGCUGUGAUGCAGGAAUGUGUCGCUCGUACUUCCACGUCACAUGUGCACAGAGGGAGGGGCUUCUGUCCGAGGCUGCUGCAGAGGAGGAUAUUGCGGAUCCAUUUUUUGCGUACUGCAAGCAGCAUGCAGACCGCUUCGACAGGAAGUGGAAGAGGAAGAAUUAUCUGGCCUUACAGUCUUAUUGUAAGGUCUCUCUGCAGGAGAGAGAGAAGCAGCUGACUCCUGAAGCUCAGGCCCGGAUCACCACGCGCCUGCAGCAGUACAGAGCCAAAGCAGAGCUGUCCAGAAACACUCGGCCUCAGGCCUGGGUGCCUCGCGAGAAGCUGCCGCGACCCCUGACAUCCAGCGCCUCCGCCAUCAGGAAGCUGAUGAGGAAGGCGGAGCUCAUGGGCAUCAGCACCGACAUUUUCCCCGUUGACACGUCUGACGCUAACGCCAGCCUGGACGGACGCAGGAAACACAAACAGCCCGCCCUCACUGCAGACUUUGUCAACUAUUACCUGGAGCGGAACAUGCGAAUGAUCCAGAUCCAGGACAACAUCUCCGAGCAGAAGAGCCUGAAAGACAAGCUGGAGAGCGAGCAAGAAAAACUGCACGUGGAGUACAACAAGCUCUGUGAGACUCUGGAGGAGCUGCUGAAUGUGAACGGGGAGCUGCGAAGUGAAGGCCAGGCCAUGUGGACUCUGCUGGGGGGCAUCCUGGGUCAGAAACUGAACACUCCAGCUGUUCUGAAAGCUCCCAAAGAGAGGAAGCCCAACAAGAAGGAGGGAGGAAGCCCGGGGAAGUCCUCCAGCCUGCCAGCAAUCCUCUACAGCUGUGGCAUCUGUAAGAAAAACCAGGACCAACAUCUUCUGGUGCUGUGUGACACCUGUAAGCUCUACUACCACCUGGGCUGCCUGGAGCCUCCGCUGGCACGCAUGCCCAAGAAGACCAAGAACAGCUACUGGCAAUGCUCCGAGUGUGACCAGGCCAGCAGCGAUGAGGCCGAUAUCGCCAUGGAGACGCUACCUGACGGCACCAAAAGGUCCAGGAGGCAGAUCAAGGGACCAAUCAAAUUCAUCCCACAGGAGAUGUCGCCAGAGCCCAAGAAACAUCAAGUGAGGGGCACGAGAACCAGAGGACAGAAGAGGAAGAGAAUCCCCAUCUGUGAAGACAGAGAAGAUAAAAUUGAGGAACCGCUGCCACGGGAACGCAGACAACGCCAAUCUGCAUUGCAGAAAAAAACACCCAAAGCCGACGACACGAGGACGAGUGUCAACUGCAAAGGACCGGGUGACAACGAAAACCUUGUGAGGUGUGACGAGUGCCAGCUCUGCUAUCACUUCGGGUGUCUGGACCCCCCGCUGAAGAAAUCCCCCAAGCAGACGGGAUACGGCUGGAUCUGCCAGGAGUGUGACAACUCGUCCUCAAAGGAGGAAGAGGAGGAGCAGCUGGAGGAAGAGGACUCUGUUAAAGAGGAGACGGCAGAGCAGGAGAUCCCCAACUGAACCUGAGCGAGGACACAAAACACACACACACACACAGCUCUCCCCGAGGCUUCACCUCCGAUCACAGCAUUUCAGUCCAGACUUUACAGCACACGUAACUUUCUACUAGCCUCCCAAAGUUUAACGACAGCCAGCAGCUAGCGUACUCGAGCACUACAGAUAGUUUAGCAAGCGGUGUAUUUUAGAAAACACAUUUUAAACCGUGAUAUCUUUAGAUUCAAAGAUAGAGUUUGUA